GACCAGAUUAUUAUUUCUACUUUACAAUGUUCAAAGAAAACUACUGCCACUGAAGAACUCCAAAACAUUGAAGAGAUUUCAAGAAUUGCCAAAGAUCUAUUUCAAAAACGCCAAAAAGUCAAA